AUGCAGUUAAUCCGUUACCUCAAUAUCCACGCCAAAAUUGCUCGUUUCUUUUAUGGAGAAUUCUCAACAACUCCAUCACCUAGUCCAUCAAGUAUAAAUAUACAAAAUUCUUCCCAAGAUUUAACAAUAAAAACUUCAACAACAUUUUUACCCAAACAAACAACAAAUCCUGAAUGUAAAACCCCAAUAACUCCAAAUUCUAAAUAUUCACUAGAAUUACCCUUUUCUUCGAGUACUUCAACAAAAUUGGGGGAGGGAAGUUCAAGUAGUUUAUGUUCUGUUGAUUCGCCUUCCUAUACUUCUACUAUUGUUAAAACAGCAAGUUCGAGUAGAAAUAGAUUGGCUCCUUUGGCUGAACCAGAUGAAGUUGGUGAUUUAUUAUUAACUUAUGUGCCAAUAUCUUCAUCGGAAAAUGCAAUAAAUAAUUGCCAAUCAACACAAAAUAUAUCAUCAAAAACCCCAAUUAUUGAGGGAUUAAUUUUGCGAGAAUUAUUCCAAUCAGAAUAUAAAAGACAAAUUUUUAGAGCUUCGUUUAGACGAAAACGUUGGGCAAAAUGUUGGGGGUUAAUUAAAGGAGGGAUAUUUCAAAUUUAUUCAAAUCAAAUGUCAACUGAAGCAGAACUUUUAAUUGAUUUAUCUUUGAGUACAAUUACAACUAAACCUGAAAUUCAAACUUCUAAAAAACAGUUAAAUAAAUACUUUAGUAUUUUCCGGAAAACAUUUAAAAUUAAUUUCGAAAUAACAAUAAAUCAAUGUUGGAUUGGAUAUGGGGGGGGGGGGAAGCUGGAUUUGAAUAUAUAG